AUGACGAAUUUACAGAAACAAAUCUACUAUUCAGAUAAAUAUACAGAUGAUGAAUAUGAGUACAGGCAUGUAUUACUGCCCAAAGAGAUUGCAAAACUUGUACCAAAAUCUCAUCUCAUGUCAGAGACUGAAUGGCGCAGCAUUGGAGUGCAGCAAAGUCAUGGCUGGAUACAUUACAUGAGACAUGAUCCAGAACCACAUGUGCUGCUGUUUAGAAGGAAGUUACCUGGGAAGUAA